AUGGCGGCGCGGUGCGUCAGGCUGGCGCGGCGCGGCCUCCCGGCGCUGGCGCUGGCGCUCAGGCCCUCUCCUCGGCUCCUGUGCACAGCCACAAAGCAGAAGAAUGGCCAGAAUUUGGAGGACGACGUGGGUCACAAUGAACCGAAGACAGAUUCUCCCUCUGCAGAGAAACUACUCCUGGAAGAGAAGGUCAAGUUGGAGGAGCAGCUGAAGGAGACCAUGGAAAAGUACAAGCGUGCUUUGGCGGACACCGAGAACCUGCGGCAGCGGAGCCAGAAGCUGGUGGAGGAGGCCAAAUUAUACGGCAUCCAGGCCUUCUGCAAGGACCUGCUGGAGGUGGCGGACAUCCUGGAGAAAGCCACGCAGUGCGUGCCUCAGGAGGAGAUCAGGGAAGACAACCCGCACCUGAAGAGCCUGUACGAGGGGCUGGUGAUGACGGAGGUGCAGAUCCAGAAGGUGUUCACCAAGCACGGCCUGCUCAAGCUGAACCCCGUGGGAGCCAAGUUCGACCCCUAUGAGCACGAGGCCUUGUUCCACACGCCAGUCGAGGGCAAAGAGCCGGGCACAGUAGCGCUGGUUAACAAAGUGGGGUACAAGCUGCACGGGCGCACCCUGAGGCCAGCCCUGGUGGGGGUGGUGAAGGAAGCUUAGCCGCCUCCAGGGGCGUCGGUGGUCUGUAGUCACUCGCUGUAACUCUCACCAAGCUGAUUCGUCGUUCUCUCACCUCUGAGUACUUCUGACCUGUGCCGAGCCCUGUUGGAAGCGUUCGUAACUGUGGCCAACAAAGCUAAGGCAGCAGCCGAUUGCGUUGAUGAACUCUGAACAGGUGUCUGCUCGUUGGUUUCUAAUACCUGGUUGGUAGUUGCUCGUGCUUCCAGAACAGACGCGCGAGCGCGGCUGGCCCGACCAUAGUGAAUGCCACUGUCCGCUCCAAAUCCGGUGGCCUCAGCACUCUUAGCUGAAUAAAAGGCCUUCGGGACCCGGCUGUCUGACUGUGCCUGGCCGUGCCAUCCUCUACAGCCCCUGGCGCGGGGCCUGGGAGCGCGCCAGAGCCACGCGGGGCCGGGCGGGGGUGUGAGCCAUGUUCUUGUUCAAGUUUCUUGAUGCCCCCAGUAAGAACCAUGAACUCACUUUGGUGGGUUUUGCCCCACUUCUGGGUUCUCAAGUGACAGGAGCUGACGUGCGGAAGCAGGCCUCGCCCCCUCACCACCACCUUCGUUUGCCAAUAGCUCGGUUUGUCAAAACCAAAUUUGAGAAAACCAGUGCCUGUUUUAUUCAGAAGCGUUUAAAUCGUUACUCCCCUCGUUACUGACCUGAGGUGAGAGGGGCCGUCUCUCAUCUGAGGACUACACGCUCCACACGCUACUUAAAUACCGUUUUAACUUUUCAGACUUUAUUUUCCUACCUUCCGACACCUGUUCCGUGCGCCUUGGCGGCAGGUUCCAGACCAGCCUGCUCCUGUCCUCUGCGGGGCCGGAGCCCGGGGGCUGCGGGCGCGUGGGAGUCAGGGCCUGUGUCGCAGGGCAAGGGGGCCUUCUGAUGAGGCGCGGCCCUUCCUUGUGCGAUGCGGGCUCUGUCACAGCCCAGGAAAGCCUUCCACCGCCUGAGGUGCCCUCAGGGCUGAGGGCAACGCCCGAGAAUCUGUUCCCGCCACAGAAAAGCACAAUUCACUUGAUCUGUCACUUUCAGAGAUGUAGGAGUAUUUUCGUCACCAUGAUGUCGAUUUUUACCCCUUGCAAAUGUUGCUCUUUUCCCCUCAGCUACCUUAGUUGGUCAAAAUGGCAGAGCUGCUGGCGCCAUUAGUGAGAGGCCCAGGGGCGGCGCUAGGUCCGAGGGGGAGAGCUGGCUUCUGGGGUGUGAGGCCGCCGCCGCCAGGUGGGAGGCUGGGGUGCUGCUGAAAUGGGGGGAGGUCUCUGCCAUUAGUUCACCCUCGGGUCACUGCCACUUGGCAAACAUCAUUGCCGUGCGUGUGGCAAGGACGCCCCAGCAGGGGCAGAGCCGCGAGGCACGGCCACAGCCCACCCCUGCCGCUCGGGUUUCCCCGGACAGGCCUGGCCGGCUGGCGGGAGGCAAGUGGGGAGCAAGAAGCAAGCGGGCACACGCUUUGUUCUCAACUUGUUUAAUAGGUACCAGGGAAAUAAAAACAGUAGUUUUUGUUUGUGAAAUACAUUUUUGGAAUGUUGGCCAUCAAAGCGUCAUUUUGAAGAGCUGCAGAGCUACCU